AUGGAGGAUUUGGAGGUUCAUCUUCAGAUCUUCAUAGGGGUGGAAAGGAUAGAGAAAUGGUCCAACUCCGAGUGUUGCUUAAUGUUCAUGCAAACCCUCGUCGGAUCUGCUAGGAUCUGGUUCAACAAUUUGCCAGUUCAAAGCAUUCGAACCUUCGAUGAUCUAUGCAAGGGUUUCUUGGCUAAUUUUUCACAACAAAGGAGAUAUGUGAAGUAUGCCACUGUGAUCUUCCAGAUCAAACAAAAAGAUGAUGAAAGCCUAAGGGAUUUCAUUGAGAGGUACAAGAAGGAGGGUUUAACGUAUGUGGGAGCCGAUGAAAAGAUGAGGAUUGCAGGCUUCAUGAAUGCAAUCACCUCUAAGUACCUUACCAGGGACUUUAACAAGUGCCUGCCCAAAACCUUGGAAGAAGCCCUUGAAAGGGCUGAUGCUCAAAUCAGGGGGGAAGAGGCGGUUGACAUUAAGGAGCAAAGAAAGAGAGGUCCUACCUGGUGGCACAAUAGCCCCAGCCGGAAAAGAGGCAACUACGGGUCUUAUGAUAGACGCUCUCGAAGCUCAGACCCUCGAAGGUCUAAAGGACGGAACCCUUCUAGCAAGGACAAGGCCGUGAACUUCACAACCUUGACCAAAAUCCCUCAAGAAAUACUUGCCACUGAGGAAGUCAAGCAUAGCUUCAGACCACCUAGGCCCCUGCCCAAAAGUAAAAGGAACGAGAAUUCUACCCAAUUUUGUGAAUUCCAUGAAGAGAAGGGUCAUCAUACCAAUGAUUUUUCCAACUUAAAAAGAGAAUCGAAGAAGCAGUCAAGUCUGGAGAACUCGCCCACCUGGUCAAGGGAGUAA